CUUUGUUUCUCCUAGCUGCCAAUUGUUCCAACAUUGUUCGCCGCUGUGCGGCUUCCACAAAUAUCACAUUCGAGACAUUUAUAACAUGUGUAAACGUUGGAAUUUUAAUCUGACAAGAAUCUUGUACCCUUACAUGACCGUGCAGUAGCAAUCAUGUUCGUGACGCUCUGCAUACUUUAUCACGCGCUCGCCUACUCCCUUGCUCAUCUAUGGACUUUUCUCUCUCCUUUGAGGUCAAUUUUGAGUUGUGUCAUCGAUGCUACAACAUACUACCCAACCACGGGGCGAAACAUCAUCAUCGACAUCAUCAUGAUCACCUCCACACUUCUUGUUUGGUCAACCGUCAUAGGAUGUAUACUACUGCGCAAAGACGAUCCUGCAAAGCGCGCACCAUCAUACGCACUACCACCUCAUGUUUCCUUGAAUCAAGCAAAUGAGAGCAUGGUGAACGCACUGAAAGCAGUACAAAAGGCGAGGGACGACUUUAAAGAGAUGGAAGACACAUCGGCCACCACAGUAGAGGCGUUGUGGCCCUUAAGGCAGGCCGGGAAGGAUAUGCGCGAAAUUCAUCAGGUGCUUGUGGAGAUGUCGGAGAUAUUCGAUCAACAAGCAGAACGACAAUUGUCCCGCACUUUCUCCAUCAAUUCAGGUGGAGCGAGAUAAAUUUCAGAUAAGAUUUGACUGCUGAGUGGGCAGUUCCUUGUAUGUAUACGACACAAACGUGUGUAUAGCACACACUUGUUUCAACUCAAUUUGACAUUGCAGUGGGUCUCAAACUAGACGCCUAUGUGAAUCGGCACGAUGCUUCUGGAAUCUUGUGGUGCAACAUUUCCAUCAAAUCUUCACGGACCAACGUUGCCCAAUAAUCCGUCGUAUUAUAGAACGAACAGAAGAGGUCUUCCUCGAUUUAUAGUUUGCCUAGCCCGGUAUCCAGCCCUUGCAGCGUACCUCUACGUGACAGUGAGUCAUCAAGUCGUAAAAUAA